UUACGUCACUCUGGCCGGCCACUCGCGCGAAGAAGAAUAGAAACCAACGAGUUUUGUUUACAAGCGUGUCGCGUUCAUACACUUUUACAAUCUGAGUUUUUAAGGCUUUAAACCACACAGAAAUCGUCAUGGAUGUUGGGGAGCUGCUGAAUUAUCAGCCCGACCGAGGUGCCAAGAGACCCAGAGAUGAAGACAGCCGCGAGGAGUCCAGAAGCAAGCAGAAGACGGCGGGCCGAGACACAGGACGGGUGCUGGUGAGAUCAGAGCCGGACAGCGAGGAGCAGACAGGAGACGGGGAGAAGAUCCUGGAGAGACUGAUGGAUCAGGAUGGAGAAGAUCCAGAGGGUGAGCUUGUGGAUGAGAGCACAGUGAAGAAAAUGAUCCUGACCUUUGAGAAGAGAUCCUACAAAAACCAGGAGCUGAGGAUCAAGUUUCCCGACAACCCCGAGAAGUUCAUGGAGGCGGAGCUUGACCUGAAUGACAUCAUCCAGGAGAUGCAUGUCAUCGCCACGAUUCCAGAGCUGUAUCAUCUGCUGGUGGAGCUGAACGCCGUCCACUCUCUGCUCGGCCUCCUCAGCCACGACAACACUGAUAUCAGCAUCGCGGUGGUGGAUCUCCUGCAGGAGCUGACAGACAUCGACACGCUUCACGAGAGCGAGGAGGGGGCAGAGGUGCUCAUCGACGCUCUGUUGGAGGGUCAGGUUGUCGCUCUCAUGGUGCAGAAUAUGGAGCGUUUGGAUGAGACGGUGAAGGAAGAAGCUGAUGGCGUUUACAACACUUUAGCUGUGAUCGAGAACAUGGCCGAGUUUCGUCCCGGUCUGUGUACAGAAGCGGCCCAGCAGGGUUUGAUGCAGUGGCUGCUGAAGAGGAUCAAGGCCAAGAUGCCUUUUGAUGCCAAUAAGCUGUACUGCAGUGAAAUACUGGCUAUCCUGUUGCAAAACAAUGACAAAACGAGGGAGCUGUUGGGAGAAAUGGACGGGAUUGAUGUACUACUGCAGCAGCUCUCAGUGUUUAAGCGUCAUAAUCCAGCCACGGCAGAGGAACAGGAAAUGAUGGAGAAUCUGUUUGAUGCCCUCUGUUCUUGCCUCAUGCAUCCAGCCAAUCGUGAUCGUUUCCUCAGGGGGGAGGGGCUUCAGCUCAUGAACCUCAUGCUCAGGGAGAAGAAGGUGUCUCGAGUCAGUGCUCUGAAGGUCCUGGACUACGGGGUGAUCGGUCCAGAGGGGUCGGAUAACUGUCACAAGUUUGUGGACAUCCUGGGCCUGCGGACCAUAUUCCCUUUGUUCAUGAAGACGCCCAAGAAGAUGAAGAAAGUGGGAGUAUCGGACAAGGAGCACGAAGAGCAUGUGUGCUCCAUCAUCGCCUCCAUGCUGAGGAACCUCAAAGGGCAGCAGAGAAGUCGUCUCCUCAGCAAGUUCACAGAGAACGACUGCGAGAAGGUCGACAGACUCAUGGAGCUGCAUUUUAAGUACCUGGAAGCCGUUCAGCUCGCAGACAAGAGGAUCGAAGGAGAGAAGCACGAUAUGGUUCGUCGUGGAGAGAUAAUCGACGAUGCGAUGGACGAUGAGUUUUAUCUGCGGCGGUUGGACGCCGGACUCUUUUCCCAAUUAAACAUCCUGUUUCUUUUUCACUCUCGUUUUUCAGAAUACGCAGAAAAUAUUGGCGACGGCAAGAGCGAGGAGUUUAAGGAAAGUGAGCAGAAGAGGAUUAUGGAACUACUUGAGAACUUCUAAAAAUCCAGUUGGAGCUCAGUGUGGGUUUUACUAAGCAGUUUUUUUUUUCUGCGUUAUGGUGAAGCUACAUGUAUUUUGACCAAUCCUCAUCCUGUCCUGACUGGACCACAAAAAUCUGAAGUUUGAACAUUCACGUGGCUGAUUGUAUCCCAACAGAUUGGAUCUGGAUAUUGAAUCUGUUGAUAUCCAACACAUUUUGUUCAUGUUUAUAGUUGUUACUGUUUUCUAGGCCAGAUAUUUUGUGUCAAAACAACUUCAGUUUUCUUGUAAUUAAAGUUUGUGCUUUUCUUUACUUCGUGCCGUUUCCUUCAUUAGAUUUUGUAGCCUAGAUCACCUUCCAGGAGACUUAAUGUCUCAUUAGACCAAUUCAGGCAGCAAAACAACUCUUGUGCUGAAACAUAAUUUAGGAAAAUGUUGUGUUUAUGUCUCUGUUCUCCUUUCCAGCGUUCCUGUAGAUGGCUGAUUAAGUGAAGGAUUGUGGCUUUCCUAUCUUUUCAGCCUUUGUUUGUCAUCUCAUCAUUCAGGUCCCUUUAUAUGAAUCCAGGGUCCAUAACAUUCUAAACCUGCUAAUGGCUGGUGGAUUUUACUGUAUGUUGCUUCUUUGUCUUGCUGCUACUCCCUGGAAUAUGUGUCAAACAACGGACGCCAUGUGUCACUGGCAGCGUUAUAAGUUUGCCAUUCUCUCAGUGAAUCAGCAAACUCUUAAUUGUUUCUCUUAUUUUAGUUUCAGUGGGAAAUGUGUCAACACAUGGAGUUUUGGAGUUCUGACAGUAAAAUAUUUGGCUUCUUAAUAAGCUAAGGCAAACUUCUGAAGGUAAAUUUCA